GAACAAUUACAAGAGUUUAAUGAUAAUCAUGAUGUUUAUAAAUUACAAAACGAAUAUGGAGGAGCCCACGGGUUGGCACAAGCUCUCGGAUCAAAUAUUAAAGAGGGAAUUAGUAAUUAUGAAGUUCAGGAAAGAGGAUUUCAUUUCGGAAAACAUUUUAGUUUGCAACGAGUGAGUCCAACACGAUAUAAUUCAUGGUUCCGAUUAUUUAUUAUUACAUUUAAGGAUUCUUUCAUGAAAACCUUCUUAAUUUUGGCAAUAAUUUCAAUCAUUCUGGGAGUUAUUCUGCCCACAGAACAAAAAGAGAGAAGAAAGGGUUGGAUAGAGGGUGUCUCGCUUCUGAUUGGGUGUCUCUUUGUUUGUGUGGCGAAUAGUUUUAUUGGCUGGCAAAAAAAGAGAAAGUGGAAUGAGAUUCACACCUUACAAGAUGCUCAAUACAGAGUAAAGGUAACACGUGAUGGAAAAAUUACAUCCAUUCUUAUGGAAAAUUUAGUGGUUGGUGACAUACUUCAUGUAGAACCUGGUGAUUUUGUUACAUGUUCUGGAAUAGUUGUUGAUUCACAUAAUUUAAUUUGUGAUGAAAGCUUUUUUACUGCCAACGAUACUAACUCACUCAAAGAUAAGAAUUUGAAUCCUUUUAUUGAUCCAGAAACGUUUAUUGUAGAAGGUUAUGGUAGCAUUCUUGUCACUUCAGUAGGAGUUAAACAAAUCCUUUUGGAUGCUUUACUGAAUUCUAAAGAUGAGGAGUCUUCCUCUCCUUUGGAAACUCGUCUUUUCUCCAUAGCUAAUAAUAUUUGGAAAAUAGCUAUUGGCUUUUCAUUGAGUGUUUUUGCACUCUUGAUGGUUGGGUGGACCAUUUAUAAGAUUGGACUCAUACAAAACUAUCAGGAGGAAUGGAUUGUUACUGAUCUAUUGACAGUUCUCAAAAUGAUAUGUUUAUGUUUUUCUGUACUCUUUGUUUGUACUCCGAAUGGAAUUUACAAGAUAAUUACCACUUCAAUGGCCUACUCUUCACGUAAAACUAUAAGAGACAAUAUCCUUCUGAGUGUGAACCAGAAUAUGGAUGUGAGUGAAAGGUUGGGAUAUACUUCACAAGUGAUUAUUGGAAAGUCGGCCCUUACACAAAAAUCAAUGGAAGUUGUCAAAGCGAUCAUUGCAGGUGAAAAUAUUGAAAUUGGCACAGGAGAUGUUCAAAUUGAUGAAACUCUUUUACAAAUUUUAUCGAGUGCCUUAUCUGUGAAUUCGAGGGCUGAUAUUAGAAAUGAUGAUAAUAUGCAAAUAGAGGAGAGUAUUGGGGAUUCUUUAGACUGUUCCCUAUUGAUUUUUCUUCAACAAAUUGGAGUAGAUUAUGCACCUAUAAGAAACUAUUAUUUUGAGAAUAACAAAAUUGUAAAAAUGUUUACAAAGAAAAAUGGAACCAUGACAACUAUUGUGAGGAAUAAUGGAAAUUAUAUUCUAUUUACCAAAGGAUGUUAUGAAUCCAUUCUUGAAAAUUCAUCUGGAGAAUUGUUGAAAGAAGGAGUUGUUGCUUCAUUCACUGAUAACAGAAAAGAAGAGCUCCGAGAAACUAUGAGCAAACACAUUCAAGAAGGAUAUACAAUAAUUGCAAUAGCUUACAGAGAAAUUGAAGACACAAACAUUCUCUUUGAGAAUAAUUUAACCAUUGAUGACGACUGCUACAGUAAUUUAGUAUUAAUAUCAUUCCUGAUUAUUCUUAACCCAUUAACCACAGGAAUUAAGGAAUCCAUAUCUCAAUUGAGAGACGCUGGUAUUUUUGUGAGGUUGGUUACUGGAGAAAGUGUUUCAUCCGCAAAGAGACUUGCAACUGAAUGUGGAAUUAUGACUGAAGAUGGUACAUGUCUAGAAGGCCCUUCGUUUUUCAAUCUGAACGAAGAUGAGCUCAUUAAAACUCUUCCUAAUCUGCAAGUGGUUGCCAGAGCAAAUAAUGCACACAAGUACCAUCUCAUUUCUGAAUUACAGAAACAGGGGGAGUUUGUCACCAUCCUCUCUUCAUCUCACAAAGAUGUCCCCUCCAUAAGAAAAGCAGAUAUUGGAGCUGUUUGUGGAAUUAAAGGAUCACAUUGGAGCAAAUACUACGCCGAUUUGUUUAUUACAGAUGAUAGACUGAGUUCUCUUGUGAGAGCCAUCGCUUGGGGAAGAGCUUUGUUUUACAAUAUUCAAAAGUAUCUAGUUUUUCACAUGACUAUCAAUAUUGUAGUCAUGACAUUGACUGCAGUUACCUCUAUAACUGCCUAUCUUUUGAGCCCAGUUCAGUUUCCACCCUUCAAUCCAGUCCAAUUGUUAUUUGUACAUAUUAUCAUGGACAUUUUUGCAGCUCUUUCUCUGGCUUCUGAUCCUCCUCAUAAGGAAACUAUGAAACAAGAUCCAAUCAAACCCAAAUCAAGUAUUGUAAGAAAGAAUAUGAAAUUUCACAUUGUUGGUCAAAUUCUCUAUCAGUUAGUGGUAUUGAUGAUUUUGCACUAUAGUGGAAUUUAUAUUUGUAUCAACAAUAAGGAUGGCGACAAGUUGUUUGUGGAAACAAUGGUAUUCAAUACUUUCAUAUUUUGUCAAAUAUUUAAUGAGAUUAAUUGUAGAAGAAUUGAUAAUGGGAUGAAUCUAUUGAAGAAUAUUCACCAUUCAUUAUUAUUUGUGGCAAUCUUCAUUCUUAAUAUUGCAUUUCAAGUAUUCUUAGUUCAGUUGAGUUUGGCAAGUUUAGUGCCAUUGACUUGGUACCAGUGGUUAGUUUGUGUUGCCAUUGGUUUUAUUUGCGUACCUUUUGGUUAUGUGUUACGAUUUUUAUCUUCAAGAAUAAUUACAUCAAACAAAUUGAAAAAGGGAAUGAACAAGAUAUUUAAAAGAAUGGUUCGUAGUGUGCCUAGUCGAAAUCAUAACCUUAACAUCACAUGA